AUGGACCCUUCGGCGACCAUCGACCCGGCGACGGGUCGUCCGCUGCCGCCAGAUGCCAUCGUACGGAUUCUCCACAUAACUCCCAAAGUCCACGUCUACUCCAUUCCUCGUGAUGCCGUAGCCACAGCCGCAGGCUACGCCGCAGCAUCCUGGACCGCUGACCCGCGCAACCCCAUCUUCACCGCCCGCCUGCGCGUGCUCGAAACCUCAUUUACGACUUCCUGCUCCUCCUCCUCACCAGAAACCAAAGGAGGAGGAGAAGAAGAAGAAGAACAAGAAGGAGAGCUGCAGAUCAAGGUCGACAUCCUCCUGGAGGACCCCUCGACGGGCUCCCUCUUCGCCGCCGCGCCCUACACGACGCCCGCCGCCGUCGAGCCCACGACCGAUAGCUCCCGCUUCUUCGCCGUGCGCGUGCAGGACCCGAGCGGGAAGCAGAAGGCCACGCUCGGGGUCGGCUUCGAGGAGCGCAGCGAGGCGUUCGACUUUGGCGUCGCCCUGCAGGAGGCGACCAGGGCGCUGGGCCGGUCCCAGCCCGGCUCCUCGUCCGGCUGCGGGCGGCAAGGCGCUGCCGGGGGGAAGAGCGGGAGCGGCGGCGGCGGGGCCAAGGCGGGCGCGGGCGCGGCGGAGGAGAAGAGGGACCUGAGCCUGAAAGAAGGGGAGACCAUCACGGUCAACCUGGCCGGGACGAGGUUCGCCGGGCGGCGGGCCGCCAGGUCCGAGUCCCAGGGGGGGAAGAAGAAGGAGGAGGAAGGGGAAGAGCCCCAGAGCCUGUCGGCGUUUGCGCUGCCGCCCCCGCCCCCGCCGAGUGCGCGGGAAGUGCGGGCGCAGAAGAGGCUGAUCCCCGAAUGCCAGUCAGCAUAUACCAUGUUGCAUUCCCACGACGUCCUCCGCCAACUGAGACCCAACCGUGUGACGCACCCCCUUUUUCAAGCCAAGCAAUGGAAUGUCCUGUUCCGCUUGUGUCUUAGCCACCGGGCGACGACGACGACGACGACGACGACGACCAUGUGCUGUCUCUCCGCGAUCUAGACGACACUGCAGUCAGAACCGGCAAGCUCAUGCGCUUAUCACUCGCCGUGCGGCGGCAGCGGGUGACAAAGCGACGUCCUGCGCAGCGUGUCCUUCCAUCGCCGCGCGGGCCGUUCCUCGGCGUCCUCCCCAUCAGAGUGCCAACCACGGGAGCCGCCGGGCACUCUCUUCCCAUGAGAAAUCCGCUCGCAAAAGCCAUCUUCCUGCUCUCCAAAAACGACCCCGACAGGUCCGUCUUCGUCCCAAGACCCGCUUGUCCUUGCGUGCCCAUCAUCGACCAGCGACGCACCGGCCCCCUCUGGACCUGAUGUACACGCCUCGCCCUCUUCCUCGGCCCUCUUCCCGCCAGCAUUCUCCUCGUUCGAGGCCAGAAUGUCCUCUCCGACUCUAUAUUGCUCCCCCAACCCCGCCGCAGAAUCCCCCUUCUCCCCUUUCCCCCUCCUCGUCGCCAUCGUUGACGUCGCACCCGCCGCAGCGCAGCACGCGCGCGACCAGAUGCCCUCGUCAAGGGUUAGCCUGCUUGCGGGCGUAAAGCAUGGUGACAGCGGGCUCAGCACCGAGACUGAUCCCACGGAGGCGGAGGCGGGAACAGGACCGUGGGAGGAGUAGUCGGUCACGGAGGAGCGAUCCGUGGUAGCGAUGGCCGGGUUGGAGACAUCCUGUCGCUCUCGCUGCUGCUGCUCCUGCUGCUCCUGCUGCUGCUGCUGCUGUUGUUGUCCUCGUCGCUGGUGAGGGCACUGGCGGUGGUGGAGCUGUUGUUCCUGGAACGGGCCGCCGACACGGCAGACUUCGCCGAAAUGAUCAAAGCCGAGCCCGCCAGGGGUGGGCAGUUGUAAAGGGACAAGCGGGCGGUAAGCUGGGUAGGGUAGGAGUGGUCGUUGUUGGUACCGGUGCUGGUAGGCCAGCACCCAGCGGGCGCGAUUUUGGAGCUCGACGUGGAUCUCACUUAGGCGGAGGAGGAUGAGCUGCUCCUGUUGGGUGCUCUCGGCGAUUUUGGCGCGGAGAUGGGAGGCUUCCUUCUUGCACUUCCUCGUCUCGGAGGCGGGGGAAGCGGCUGU